AUGCGUACCUCCAUCUUAUUGCCGCUGUUUUCAGUGGCAGCCUCGUUUUUUAAUGUCAUAGAUGCAAGAGCAGUCUUUGCUCAUUAUUUGGUUGGAACUAUCACCGACGCGCAUGCUCUACAAGACAUCAACGAUGCCAUCGCAAUGGGCCUCGAUGCAUUCGCUUUGAAUGUCGCAGACCCAAGUGCAUCAUAUGUAGCCCCGGCUCUCACUUCUUUGUUUAGCCAUGCAAAAGAUCGAGGCUUCAAACUCUUCCUAAGCAUGGACUUGUCUGCAAAGGGAGGUGGCUCGCUGUCAGAUUACGACUACAUCUUUACCGACUACGCCACUGCUGGUGCUUGGUUUGCAGGUCCUAAUGGAAAGCCACUGGUCAGCACAUUCAGCGCCGCCGCCUUCACAGCCCCUGAUUUCACCACCUGGAGAGCAAGCCAGGACAUUUAUUUCAUGCCCGAUUUCGACGGUACCUCUGGCUACUAUGACGCUGCCGACUCAUGGUGGAGUUACUGGGGGAGUGUUGUCGAUGGACUCUUCAGCUGGGAAUCAACUUGGCCAAAUGUUGGAGCUACGAAUGAUGGAGACCUGACUCUUGAUACCACGGUUCAGGCCGGCGCUGUGGCACACGGAAAGACAUAUAUGAUCGGUCUGAGUUUGCUCCAAUACAAGGAUGCGUACAGUACGAACCUUUACCGUCGUGGCGAACUAAAUAUUGCGAAACGAAUGGAAAACAUUCUUAAAAUGACCACGGCGCCACUUUAUGUUGAGAUACAGACAUGGAAUGACGGACCAGAGGGUCACUACAUCGGCAACCUCUGGACAGAAGCAAACGGCGAUGCUCAGCCCGCAACCUAUGCCACGCAACGCGGCGCAUCUCACACCGGCAUCCAACCCCUCCUCACACAAUUCAUCUCUGCCUUCAAGAACUCAGAAACCAGCUUCCCAGCAUCCACAAACCCAGUCGGUGCCAUCUGGUACAAGACAAUCCUGCAGAGCACCACGUGCCCAGACAACAGCCUCGGCGGCUUCUACAGCGCUCCCAGCGGCGCAUCCGUCGGCACCGACACGAUAAACUGGGCCGUCGUGCUGCCCACCAACGGUGCCACCUACUCGAUCCAAUUCGUCAGCAACGGCGCCGUCGCCGCGACCGUUGCUGGGAAAGCCGGCUUCCAAUACGGGUCUGUGGCGCUGUCGGCCAACCAGCAGUUUAUGAAAGUCGUGGAUUCGGCGGGGACGGUGCAGUACUCGACGGGGCUGGGUAGAUGUGUGUCGGCGACGUGCUGGGAUGAUAUCUAUAAUUAUAAUCCGCAGAUCUUGGCGUUGGAGCAGGGCGAUCAUGCGAGUGUGGGCUGCUGGCAGAUGACGCAGCAGGCGAGCGCGGCGAAUGGGGCGACGAAUGGUCCGUUCUAUCCUUCUGGUAUUUAA